CAAGAAUUUUAUUUUACAACAUUUUUUUCAAAGUGAAGUUUUGUGCCAGGAUAAGCGUAAAUAAUACCAAACAAAUAGCAAAACAUGGGCAAUCCGUUGAAGCUCAGUCUGAUGCUGUCGCUGCUGCUGCUGGCGAGCAGAACUUGGCUGGGAGCUGAGGGCAAGACGACGCAUCGACGUGGCGACAAAAUAUCGGAGAACUUUAAGCAGCUCGACUUGCCACCAGAGGAAAUCGAUCCCAAUGUAGCGCCACCAGAGCCACAAACUGUCAGCGAGACGUCGGCGCCGCUGCUUGAGGCUGCUGCUGCUGCUCCUGCAGUUGAGUCUGCAGCAGCAACAGUUGCUGCUGCUGUGCUGGAUGAAACAGUCAAUGAAAUUGCCAGCGUUGAUGCUGUGGCUGUGCCCGAAGCAGCCGCUGCUUCUGCCUCUGCUGCUGCCGCUGUCGCUGCUGAGCCCGCAGUCAGCGCCGUCACCGUCGCUCCAGUGAAGCCCAAGCCCAAGCCCAGCAAGGCCAGCGCCACAGCCAAGCCAGAUGCCGAUAAGAAUCCCAUCAGUCGCUACUGCAAGUGCACGGAGUCGCACUGCGAUUGCUGCCGCAAGUUUGGGCUGCCACUGCUGCCCAGUGGACCAGGCUGCGCCAAGAUCGCCUAUCUGGGCAAUGAUGAGAUGAGCGUGUCGCUGAAGUUUGGCGAGAUUACGCUCGCCUCGCGUCGCAUUUCCGCCAAGCGUGCGCGUCCCAUUUGCGUGGGCAUGCCCGGUGGCUACUCCAAGUUCUGUGGCCGCGUCUAUGGCCUGUCGCGUGCGCAGGAGAACUUCAAGGCCUGCUUGGCCUUUGAGCUGCAUGCCGAGGAUGAGGUGGAGGCGCAGCUGCCCAUCAGCUGCUUCAAGUUCGGCCAAGAGGGUCUGCGCGUGGCCGAGGCCGAGCCGCUGCCCACCAAGGUGAAGAAGCCAGCCGAGGAGGACGACGACGACAUCUUUGGCUUUGGUGCUGGCGGCGACGAUGAUGAUGACGAGGAUGAGGAUGACUACGAUGAUGCAGAUGCUGCUGCCUCCGCGGAGGACGAUGAGACAGACGACUAUGCUGAGGCCGAUGAUGACGAGGCGCCCGAGGAGGCAGACUACGGUGGCUUUAGCCUGGGCGGUCUGCUGGACGAGCUCGACGAUGAUGAGGAUGAGAAGCCUGUAAAGAAGCCGGUGGCAGUUGAGCCUGUGCCAGCUGCAACGGAUCAGACGCGUGAGCAUGUGGAGCUGGAGCAGGAGCCAGUGCAGAGCAAGGAUGACACUGGCAUGACAGCGGCCGAGCAAGUGGAGCAGGUGGCUGCCAUGGCGGCUGAGGAGGCAACAGCAGCGACUGCAGCAGCUGCCGACGCCGUUGCGCCCACAACGUCGACGACGACAACAACAACAACCAAAGGCAAAAAGAAGGCGAAAAAGAACAAGAAGAAGAAGAAGGCUGCCGGCGCGACGGACGCCAGCGAGGGCGACUUUGCCUACGAGCUGCUCAAUGGCCUGCUGGAUUUUUUCAACUAAGCGGCCAGCGUGAGUUUGCCAAUAUGCUGGGCAAUAGUGUAAAUACCCUGUAUAGGCGCUGAGCUGCUUUCAACAACAACAACAACAACAACAACAACAACAACAACAACAACAACAACAACAACAACAACAACAACAACAACAACAACAACAGCAACAUCAAGAGGGCGCAAAUCCGUUCUUAGCGUUUUCGGUUUGGAGUUGUCAACUCUCUAUAACUUGCAUUAAUUUAUUUAUUUAUUUAUUUUCUGGCAACAGCAACAAAAAUCAAAACAGCAA